UCAUAUUCUCCACCUUUCCAAUAUUCGCUUUCCUCUCUUCUUCUUUCAUCAAAUGUUGUAGCAUUGUUUUUAUUUAAUUCUGAUAUGUUUUGAUGUUUUUGUUGUUUGUUUUUAAUGUUGUUCUGUUUUAUUCCAAGCGGUGUUGAGAUAACUCUUAUUUGUUCAUCUAAACAUAUUAGAAUGUUUGUGUUGUGUUUGUGAAUGUUUUCCGGAAAGUUUGUUUUUAAUGUUUUAUUUAGAUGUUUCUGCUAUGUUUGGGAAUGUUUUCCGGAAAGUUGUUCGAAAUGUUUUAUUUAGAUGUUUUUGCUGUGUUUGUGAGUGUUUUCCGGAAUGUUUGAUUUGUAAUGUUUUAUUUAGAUGUUCAGAAUUUUUAGAAACAUUUAAGAUGUUUUCCGGGAAUUUGUUUAAAAUGUUGUGUUUAGAAUGUUUUUUGGAAGCUUGUUUCUAA